AAAAAAAAAAGGAAAGUCAGAGUUCAGAGGUGAGCGGAGGGAAGAGCUACCCCGAAAAAUCCCGUUCCCAACCCAGAACCUGCACCUGGGAGCCCCUCAUCUCUGGUGUCGUCUUCUAAGUCCCUCUCUGGAAUUCCCUUUCAUUUUUGAAUUCCCGAGCUUCCAUGUCUUCUUCUCUUUGAGCUACCAGGCUUCUGUGUUUCUCCCUACACGAUGGAGGAGUCCUACACCGGCCUUCCCACUAGCCAUUUGCUUGGUUCAGUUCCUGCUGUCAUAACAGAAGAAACGAAUGUCACAAACCAUGAGGUCCCUGGAGCAAAUAUGCAAAUAUUCCCUCCAAACAAUGGAGGAGACAGAGGAAGGGGAUAUCAAACUCUUGGAAGUCCAACUGAAGCAUUUGAGCAACAGCCAGUAAACGACUGGAGGGGAGUCUUUAGUAUCUCAUCAUACACACAGUAUUUCAAUGUGGACACAGAUCUUGUCUUGAACAGAUUGAUAAGUUCCAUGAAUCCAGUUGCUGGAGAUUUUUUUAGCAAGAUAGAUGCUAACCCUGAUUUAUAUGGGCUUAUAUGGAUCUCAACAACGUUAGUUUUUGUUCUUGCCUCACUGGGAAAUCUUGCAACGUAUCUCAUCGAAAAACAAACAGAUAAGAGUACUUCAUGGAGCUUUGAUGUCAGCUAUGUCAAUGUGGCUGCAUGUUCUAUCUAUGGCUAUGCAAUAGUUGUCCCGCUGGCAUAUUACUUCUUGCUUCAGUAUAUGGGUUCAAAUUCUAGCCUUAUUCGGUUUUGGUGUAUGUGGGGGUAUUCCCUUGCCAUUUUCAUCCCAUCCUCCUUUCUAAUGCUUAUCCCUGUUGAGAUUGUCCGGUGGCUCGUGAUAAUCCUUGUCGGUACUGCCUCAGCAAGCUUUGUUGCCCUGAACCUCAGGUCUUACGUAGAAGGAAGUGAUGUUUCGGUUAUGAUAAUUGCAGCAUUUUUCUUGCAAAUAGCUUUGGCAAUCUUCAUCAAGGUCUGGUUCUUUGGAUGAGCAGCUUAAUGUGCCCUGACUGAGAAUACCCAAUCCAUUGUCACUUUAAGCUUACUCAACAGGUUAGUUUGCUUAAAACAAUGAUGAAUUUCCCGAACAGAAUGAGUUUGUGUUUUUUGGAUCUGCUAAUAUAGGGAGGAGUGACCGAGUGGUGCAAGCUCGGUCCUGCAAUUUGUCGUGCUUUCUGUCACUGUUCAGUCUGAAGUUUCUUGUUAUCAGUUUGGGGAACUGCCUUGUGGAAGACCAGUAUAAUUUGUUAUUUUCUGUAGAGAGAACAAUAUUUUGGAAAAUGAAAAAAGGUUCAUGGUUGUAAUGGUUUA